AACCAACGCCGAUGCUCUACUUAUUUCAUGUCCCAGUUAAAAUCAGUAUUUCCUAGAAGAAUAGGUGCAUGAUGUAUGCAGCCACAAUGACUCGACCGUGUGAAGGCACCUUAACUUUCGUGGCGGACAAGGAAGAAGAUUUUUGGGCUCCCCCAGUGUAUCAGGUCGCAGUACCUUGUCAUAAAUGUAAAGACCUGGGUUAUACAAUAGAUAUUAUAACAAAUGAUAUCUCGUACUAUGGAUUCACGAAAAACGGAAGAUCAUUGAUCGAAAAAUGCGAAAACUUUAUUCAAAAUCACAUCAGCCGAGCUGAGUUCCUAAAAGAGCAAAACACGACAGACCCAUCUAGUAGUAGCAAACGAGUUUGGUCAUAUUUGGAUUUUAAAAAGCUUUUUGAGCAUAUAAGACAAGAUAAUUUAAACAACAUAAAAAUGAACAAUAAAGUCGCAGUUGGAUCGUGGCUUAUACUGUCACCUUUGAGCGGAGCUUGGAAUUUCGAUACGUUGAAGCUCUAUAUGAUGGAUGUGAUAAAAAAAUCGAUGAUGACGUGUCAUAUCUGAGCGUGGUUUAAUUGGAGGACUCGGAUAAAUGUGAUUCCUGAACCCCACUAUCGAACGAGGCUUAAAACUUGAUAAAUAUUGAUGUGAAAUACUUAAUAGUUUGUAAUUUUAUGAAGAGUAAACUAUCGUUACAAUAUAAUUACUACUUAGCGAAUGAGGACAGUGGAAGUGAAAACCUGCAUGGGGAGUGAUCUCAAGAUGUAGUUGAUAUUCUUUAAAUUCGCACUAAAGUUUUUUUUUUAUAUUUGUCGGGAAGGCAAAUGACCCUACUCCACCUGAUGGUAUAGAGUUCAAGCGUGACAACGGCCAGUACAGUCGGGAAGAAUGAUCUGAACUUGCUGCCCCCGCCUUGCCGGCCCGUAAGAUAACUCUUCAAGCCUCGUUUGAAGGAACCUGGGUUGCAAGAGGAGGGGAAUACGUGAGCUAGUAAAGAAUUCCAUUUUUGGAAGUGCGACAAAGAAAGGAGUUGCCAAAUUUCUUUGUGCGCGAUGGAAUUGAUGCCACAGUUAAGCGGUGACAUCGAAAGCCAGCACGCGUAGACUUAUGAGGAAGGAGAAAGCAGGAAUUAUAAUUCCUGUCGCAGACUGUAGCACACGCCGUGAUACAGUCGAUAGAAAGCGCUCAGCGCUAUCUCUCGACGCAAUUGGCUCGAGGGUGUUUGUGACCUUUACGUCGCCAAUAAUGCGAACCACACGUGGCUUUUAACAAUAAUAAUGAUAAUGAUAUCCUGGGACAUUUUUCACAUACGGCCAUCUUAUCCCAAAUUAAGCUUGUACAUACUUAUAUAGAUAAUUACACCCAGGCUCGGGACAAGCAGACAUUUUCAUGCACACAAAUAUCUGUCCUGGGUGGGAAUCGAACAUGCGCCAACCACGCCAACCGGCUCGUCACCGUCAAGUUUAAGUAAUGUAGAUUUACCAUCUAUAUUAACGGCAUUGUAGUAAAUAAUGUAUAGCGGAUAAA